AUGGAUCACUCGAUUGAUAUUGAGUUGCACGAGGCAACGAUGACUCAAAAAGCAUGCAAGAAAACAACCAUUCAGUACGAAACCGUGGAGCACAUACCGACAGCACCACCAACUCCGAAAAAGAAGAUGGCGCACAACAACAAGGGUAAAGGAAAGGCAAGGGAAGAGCCUGAGGAGCUGAUAGAGCUCGAGGUAAGAAGUCAUCAACUACCAGGGCCUGCUGGCUCGCUAUCUAUUCGGCCCUCACCGCGAGAUCAGAAUACUUAUGAAAAUUCCACCAAUAUGCCAAUUACGGAAAUCACCCAAACGAAGUCGGUGCGUUGGGCCUCUGAUGAUGGUGAAGGUUCUAGUGGAACUGGGGAUGGCAGGAAGGAUUAUCGAGAUGAAGAAUUCUUGCAAGAAGACAUGUACGGCGGUAUUCGCCGUCUAUUGAUCGACCAAACGCAACCAAUGGUCCAUAACCAGCUAUUUACAGUGAAGAUGCCAUACUAUGACGAAGUAAAUGACUUUAGAUCAACUUUGGAUAUGUUGAGCAACGCAGGUGGCCACUACUACGUGCGGCACUGGCAGCACGGGUUCAAGGCGAAGCUGCCAUUACAAAAAGGCUUCGCCACGAAAGCUUCCAUGGCAGCAGAAAAUGAGUAUUUGAAGAGAAACCGUCUAGCGAAAACUAAAGAGCAACUGUGGACUGAAGCAGCCAAACGCGAGAAAAUGGAACGGGAGAGCGGUCUUGGGUUUUUUGAAUCACUCAAUCCGGCACUUUGGCGCAGCCACGGGAAAGUCUUGAAAGUUGGCGAAGAACCCCCAGAACCGAGUUGCAAGAUUCAGGUUGAGACGAAAUGCGGUGAUAUUGUCUAUCGAUGGUAUGUCAAAUGUCACCGGGAGAAGCCUUUCUUCCGACAGGUGCAAAAUGUGACCAUCUGCGGCGGCGAUGAUGAUCAAUGUGACGAACACUCGAGUUGGAAGCAUGGCGAUCCGCCCCUCAAACAUAAAAGCUCCCUUAUGCAAUGGGUUGAAGUCGACCCUGAGGAGAUAGAGCCUCGGGGAAAACGUCAAGUACCGAUGAACCCCAAUCAUUGCGAAGAAGACAUCGAAGAGGAUAAAUCCCAGAGCGCUCCUCAGGAUUGCUUCCCAGUGUGGAUGCUUUCAUGGCUAGAAAAAGGGCCCCCCGAAGACAAUAUUUCGAAUUGCAUGAAAGUAACAGUUAUGACCAAAUGCGGGCUGGUCAAGGCCCGGUUGCUGAUUAUAUGCGACCAGCAUAUGAGAUGCCAAGAGCAUUGCGCUGGUGAGCGCGAGCACUUGGUUAUCCAUGACUACGCCUGCUCCCUAGGCAAAGAUAAAAAUAGAUGCGAGGUGCGGACCUGGUGUGACAGUUAUAUUCAAUACUGGAAGGACCUGCAGCAAGAUUCUGCGUUGAUGCCGGAAGAACGCAAGCAAAUAGCGAAUCUGAUCACUCUGGUAACCAAGGAAUACACUAAUGAAAAGGAGCAGAGGCCCUUUUUCCGGCACUCGCAGUCUGUUCCGGUUAUCAAGGGUAAAUGGGUUGGAUGGAUUAACAACACUCUCGGCUACUACGAAAUGCUAUCUCAGCAUGGAUUGAAAGCUAUUAAUCCCCUUGUUCGUAUUUAG